ACCAAAAAGACAUUGCUCACAGACUCCUCAACAAUAUGCAGUGAUAUGAAUCGGCGUGCAAUAGUAUAAAUUACCUACAAUUAUGCAUCCAUCAAUAAAUAUGUUGUGUCUUUCAGAGACUCUUGUGCACUGACUGUCACCGACAGACAACUCGUAUAAUGCCCCAGAUUUACAUCAGGACUAGACUAUUCUAUCCAUAGGGGUGGUGGGGGUGGUGCCCGGUGGGGCUACAAACAUUAAAAAAAAACACAAAGACAAAACAACACUAGAUCACAAAGUGAAAGUGUUAUCAUCCAACGGCAAACCUAUUCUCUGUGCAUAACUAGACUGGUUUAAAAUCCACACAAACGAGUGAGAGUGUCACAGUUAACGACCGUGAAUAAACCAGGAAGACCAGACCCCAUAUGUCACCCAGGCCGACCGGUACGAGUACUCAGCACACCUAGCCGUGUUGGACCUUGCCUGCAACUCAAAGCAAGCUCUUGGACAAGCCGAUUGAGGAUGAUGUGGUUCAUAACGCUGUCUACAAGUCUGUUGGUUAUACUUUUCGUAACCUGGUUAAAGGACUGUAUCAGGCGGCGGCGGAUGCCCCCAGGUCCGAUUCCAUGGCCAAUCAUUGGAAAUCGUUCCGCGUUUCAAGGCAAAUUCCACCUGACCUUCAUCGAACUCGCCAAGAAGUACGGAGACGUGUUCAGCCUGAGACGGGGCAUGACGGACGUGGUCGUGCUGAACAGCGAGGCUGCCGUGCGGGAAGCUUUGGUGGAGAAGAGUGUGGAGUUUGCAGGCAGGCCGCAUGCCCAGUCCCUUGACAUUAGGACGGAAAACAGGAGAAACAUGGCCUUUACAGACUACGGCCCGGCCUGGAAACAGCACAGGAAGAUCGUCAAAAGUGCCCUCAGGGAACGCGCCUCGGGCAGGACCUUGGAAACUGAAGCCCACGAAGCCCUUGAAGACAUCAUCGGUGAACUUGCAAGCGUCGAAGGCCAAGCAGUGGAUCUUAAUGACCACAUUUUCAAGCUGGUGUACAAUGUUGUCUGUCCAGUUGCCUUUGGUGUCAGGUUCGAGCAGGAGGAUGAAGAUUUCCAGAAUCUGAAGAAAUUCAGUGAGGAUUUCUUCAAACAAGAUGCUCCUCUCGGCGACAUCUACCCUUCACUUGGAUUCCUACCUAAUCAAGCAAAGACUGACUUGCAGAAACUGAUGGACGUUUUACUGGGGUACUUCAGACGCCAGGUGGACCGGCACCGCAAGGAGUUUAACCCAAAUGAUCUGCGUGACGUCACAGAUCACAUGAUCAAGGCCCAGAAGGAGGCAGAAGAGAGGGGAGACCUGGACACCAGUGCUCUGACAGACACGCAUCUCAGGCAGAUUGUGGCGGAUGUCUUUCUUGGUGGUACGGAGACUACAACGCAGAUCCUCCGCUGGGCCGUCCUGUUCCUCGCUGCCCACCCGGAGAUACAGGAGAAGGUGGCUGCUGAGUUAGACAGUGUGGUGGGCCGUGACAGGCUGCCUGAGCUGUCCGACCGCGAGGCUACUCCGUACACGGAGGCGACUGUCAACGAAGUGCUGAAAAUGGGACUGAUAGAUCCAUUGUCCUUACCUCAUGCUACGACUGCAGAUACGACACUGCAAGGGUACCAUAUUCCCAAGGGCACAGAGGUUCUGCCUAACCUGUGGGCCCUGCACCAUGACCCGGACACGUGGGGAGACCCUCACACCUUCCGCCCGGAACGCUUCCUGGAUGAGACAGGCAAUCUGAUGCCGAAGCCUUUUGCUUUGAUGCCUUUUAGUGUUGGCCGUCGUGCGUGUCCAGGGGAGAAAAUGGGCAUGGCGGACACAUAUCUCCUGCUGGCAGGACUGGUCCAAAACUUCCACUUCAGCUUCCCGGAGGGAGAGACGCCUCCUGACCUCAGCUCAGUGAAGAGGGAGGUGGAGAAGUCUGCCAACCUGCACCCUACAAGGUGGUCCUGACCUACCGGAAAUAGAUACAGGACCACCGGAAGUGAUUGGUGGAAGCUCGAAGGAGCAGAAGUUGCCAUCAGCAUAGGGUGAAUUGGAGAGAAAAAAAACAAUAACAUGCUGGCAUAUAUAAUAUAUAAUCAGUGUGCAGAUUACGAUUUGAAUUUAUAUUUGAGACAAGAAAAAAAUGGCAACUCUUUGCCAAGUCGGGAAGAUGAAAAUUGAAUGAUAUUCUGUUCCUUUCAUAAGUAAUGGUCGAAAUUCAUGUACUUGUAUGAGUUAGAUGUAUGAUUAGAUACAUGUAUUGUACUUGUAUAAGUUAGAUAUUUGAAGCUAGACUUUAGGUGAUGGGUAUUUUUUAUUGACAUCUUUAAAGAUAAAAUUGAACAGAAAGCAUGGCCGUAUAUAACAUAAGUAACAAACAUGUGAAACCACAAAACAGUUUCAAAUGUAAAAUCAGGAGGCAAUGGUCUAUUAUCUCAAGAGAAAAUAAUGUAAGAAAUGAAAAACCCUAUCGAAUACAAUAAACAAGGACAACUUAAAUCGAAAAGACAAUGUAAAGUUUACCCUACUUCCCAAUAUGCUUCUGGACCUUAUCUCAUCUUUUUGCAAUAAUGUAUUCCAGUUUUUGAAAGUUAGAAAUAUAAAAAAAGAAGUUCAGUCUAAUCCCUUCUGACGAUAUUUGAAUAUAUGAUGGUGUAUUGAAUAUUCUUCCUUGGGGUAUGGAGUAUUUUGUAAGAGGGUGAUGGGAGAAUUUCAUAUCUGUGACAUGUAUAACUUAAGUAUAUAAGCUAAAAAAUAAACACCACCAUGCAUAUAUUAUGUAAAUGUGGGGUUAUUUGCAUAAUGCAUGAUGAAUGUUGACAUGAUAGAAUUCUACACAGGAUAGGAAACGUAUGAGUUGA